AUGGAGUCUUAUUCAUCCGAUUCCUCAUCCUCCGCUUCGUAUUCCUUCUCGUCACACUCUUCGUCUCACUUCCCUCUCCAUCGCCAGAGAGGGAAGCCAGCGCAGAAUUUCCGGACAGCACUGGCUGUCCGGAAACCUGCGAUCACGAAGAAGCCAAUCGCUCCGCUGCCGCCGUCGCCGCCAAAGAUCUACAAGGUGGAGGCGGUGGAGUUUAAAGACGUGGUGCAGAGGCUGACGGGCGCGGUGGAGAUCCAGGCGACGAGGCGGCUGAGGGAGGUGGCGCCGCCGCCUCUUGACCUCUCCCCGCCGCAUCGGCCGAGGCAUGGGGGGUUGAGUUUGGAGAAAGGGGAAAAUGAAGAGGAAAAGAGGGUGAAAUCGUUUGAUGUGAUGAGCCCGCUCGGGUUUAGCUUGUCGCCGGCUUCUCUGGCGUGGUGCUCGGCUAUGCUGCUGAGUCCGGGGACGCUUGCCUCGUUCGAGCCGAGUGCGGUGCUCUAA